UGUCACUGUCAAAAUCAUAAUAAAAGUUACGCAAGAGCCAGGCAGAGCGCUUGUUUUUGUGAAUUUUAUUAAAAAUUUUCAAUAAAAUAAAUGUAACUAUUAUUUAUGUAACAGUCUGAGUAAAUCGCGCAACAAUGUCUUACGUUUUAGUGCGUCGGUUACGACAAACGUCGCUGUUUUCCCAACUAAUUCGUGUGGAAUCAACUAUGACGAACCUCACCCAGGAAGAGUUAGUUUUCCGUCCUCCUGUGACUCACUGGAGCAAAGUGAUCCGAGAUGCGGAGAAAAUUGUGGGCUAUCCGACCUCCUUCAUGAACCUACGAUGGCUUUUAAGUGAUGAGUUUGCGAAUAUGGCCUCUUAUUUGAGAAAACUUGUUGGCAGCAAUCACCCAAUACUGCAAACAGCCAAAACAGUCCUCUACAACGAACAGAACAACCUGCAGCCGUGGGGCCUCGUCAUCCUGCUCCUGUCCAACGCAGUCACUCCCACCACACAAGCUCUGCAGGCCGGCAACCUCGCAGAGAACCAGAGAAUACUGGCUGAGCUGACAGAAAUGAUACGAACAGGCCACUACGUACACAGAGGCCUUCUAAACACACCUGUAGAGGAACGAGGAAAUGUCACAGACACAGCCAUGUUCGGAAACAAAAUAGCACUACUCAUUGGUGACUACUUACUCGUAACAGCCAAUGGGAUGCUUGCAAGGCUAAAGAACCAGGAUUUGUCAUAUCUCAUUUCUACUGCAUUGAGAGAUAUGAGUGAAGGAGAGUUCUUUGGUGAACGAGACAAGCAGAACAUGCCACUGCCCGGUGCACCGCUCACAGGGAAGGGCACUGAUGAGUACCACAUAACCAGUGACUCAUUACCGCUAGUGGUGAAGGAUACGUUAGGGCACCCAGUCAGAGAGUGGACGGUUCGGACGUUAUUCAGUGGUGGUAGUUUAUUUGGGAGAGGGUGCCAGGGUGCCCUGCUGCUGGCAGGGCAAACAUUAGAAGAACAAGAAAUGGCAUAUCUUUUUGGUUGUCAUUUGAACCUAGCGUGGCAAGCCGGCAGUGAGUUACAGAAGCUUACAUCGAAUAACCAAUUUUCUUUGGUAAGUGCACCAGUUCUGUUUGCUCUGAAUAAGAAUCCAGAUUUAUAUCAUUUUAUAGUGAAAAAUAAGGAAGAUGUGUCUCAAGUUGAUUAUGAGAGGUUGAAGUGUGAAGUGCUGGCCACAGAUGCGGUAGAACGGACUAAAUCUCUGUAUGAGGAGAAUGCUAGCAAAGCUGAAAAUUAUAUCAAAGAGUUUGGUGACAAUAAAUCAAUUGAUACAGUGCGAAAAUUAAUAAACACUUUUUAAAUGAAGUUGUUAUUAGUUUAGUGAGAGUAAUAAUUUAAUGUAUAGCCGAAAUUGUUUUUGUUUACCGAGUUUACAAAGUACAAAAAGUUUUUAUAAGCGUAUAUAUUGUGAUUUAGAUAUCGAUCUAUCUACUAUCAUGUAAAUGUGCUUUGAAAAAAAACAUACUUAUGUAUAAAACAUUGUGUAGUCAGUCAGCAGCACAAACAAAAACCUGAUCCUAAAUUAUACGUUAUUUUACUUAAAUGUAAAAUUACCUACACAACUAUGAUAAGUUAAAUUGUGAUAAAUACAUUUAUGUUGUUGUUAAAUUGU